AUGUCCUGUAAACAUGUGGAGAAUUUUCUCGCUGUAAGGACAAAUUUCGUAGCGGUGGACGCAAUUUUACAUUUCGUUGUGUUCCCCAUAUCUGAAAAGGCAAUAAAAUAUAAAUCCUCCCUGUCGUGCUAUUAUUGUCAUGGCUUUCCACUCAAUUCUCCAAGAAAUGGGCCAAUUUCGUUAUUGGCAUGUGCUCAUUGCAUUCAUUUUUCCUGUUUCACAAAUCAACAUAUUGAAGACCAUGUAAGAUCCAAUCCAGAUCAUCAAAUUUCCAUUUGUCUCGAUCAAGGUGAGCUUUACUGCUCCAUUUGCCGCGAUUUCGUUUACAGCGAGCGCAUUGAGGCGGCUUACAGAAAUGCUUUGUCACUGUAUGCGAAUAAGUUCGGUCGAUCUGAGCGCCCUUGGCGGCCAUCCUAUAAAGAAUUGGAGUAUGUUCCUUAUUUGAAGUCGGUUUGCCUGCCACCAUCAGCUUCACACUCACGGCAAACGCGAGGCCUCGUUAAUAUGGGCAACACUUGUUUCCUAAACGUUGUUGUGCAAGCUCUUACACAUACUCCAGUUUUGCGUGACUUUUUGCUAUCAGACCUUCAUCGAUGUGACAAUCCAACUCGGUCUCGUAAUUGUUUAGCCUGCGAAAUGAUAAGAAUCACCCAGGAAAUUUACCGACCCGUUCUAAGUCCUUAUGUACCAAGCAAUCUCCUACACUCAAUCUGGUUGCAUGCGCGUCAUCUCGCAGGCUACGAACAACGCGAUGCUCAUGAGUUUCUCAUUACCCUUCUCACCCUCAUCCAUUCACAUUUGGUUGGUGAACAGGCACCAAGAGAGGAUGAUACAGACGAGACUUUGCAACAUCAUGAUGGAAGUUCAACGACCUCCUCGACUAAACGUCGUUGGCAUGAUAGUGAAAAAAUGGUGGCAAGUAACGAGGGAAGUAGGGGUGUCUCCCCUGAGUGCCUCUCCAAUUCCUCUCAACACGAAAAAAAAUUCAAAUCCUCUCCCUCCUCGGUCACCUCUAGCAUUACGGGGGAAAUGGAUGAGCGAAGCGCACCAACUUCGCCUGUUUCAACAUCGUCGGAUCGCACAGAGAUUGUCACCAAUGGCAGCAAUAAUAACAAUAGUCGUGGUGCCAUUCACACCACCACCGACACCAACUGUGACUGCAUUGUUCACCAAGUUUUCUUCGGUGACCUUGAAUCAGUCAUCUCGUACCGAGGCUGUGAUCAUCGAUCCUCCACGGUGGAUCCCUUUUUGGAUCUUCCCUUGGACGUUGCUCAGCGAGGCUCCACCUCCUUAGCUGCUUGCCUCUCCUCCUACUUCCGUGCAGAAGCCAUAGACGGUCUCCUUUUAUGUUCUCAGUGUAACAUUAAUCGGCCUGCUGUAAAACAGUUUUCCCUCCUCCAUCUUCCCACUGUGGUUUGCUUUUAUCUAAAGCGAUGCCAUCACGACACGAAAAUCAAUACGUCUAUCAGCUUUCCUGUGGAGCUGGAUCUGACACCAUUUGUGGCACAACUUGCUGAUCGUCAAUCCGCCUGGCAUGACAGGUACUCCUUGUACGCGGUUCUGAAUCACAGCGGGCAAACGAAUUCAGGCCACUACACAGCGUUCAUUCGUUCAGGCCCUGGAUGCUGGUGUCUCUGUGAUGAUCAGAAGAUUGUUCCGGUCACUCUGGAGCGUGUUUUGACCACUGAUGCUGCUUGCAAGCUUUCCCGAUCUCCCACCCAGUCAGCCGUUUCCACGAUCAAACGCCUGAUCCUGGAUGUCUGGCUGAUGCACAAAAACCACCUGCUGUGUGGUGAAAUUGAACAAGAGACCAAUCUGUCCGUGGCAAGGCGGGAAGUCAUAAGUAUUCAUAUCGGUCAGGGCGGUGUGCAGAUGGGCAAUGCCUGCUGGGAGCUCUAUUGCCUAGAGCAUGGUAUCCAACCGGACGGUCAGAUGCCCAGUGACAAGGUUCUGGGUCACAGUGAUGAUUCAUUCAGCACCUUUUUCAACGAAACCGGAGCUGGCAAACACGUCCCACGUGCUGUGAUGGUUGACUUGGAACCAACUGUCGUUGAUGAAAUCCGAACUGGGACAUACCGUCAGUUGUUCCAUCCAAGUGAAUUAGUGACCGGGAAAGAGGAUGCAGCUAAUAACUAUGCGCGUGGACACUAUACAGUGGGAAAGGAAAUGGUCGACCUAAUAUUGGACAGAAUACGGAAGCUGACCGACUGUUGUAGUGGUCUCCAAGGCUUCUUGAUCUUCCACUCCUUCGGUGGUGGAACGGGCUCGGGUUUUACUUCCCUCCUGAUGGAACGCAUCAGUGUUGACUACGGAAAGAAAUCUAAGCUCGAGUUUGCAAUCUACCCAGCUCCCCAAGUGUCAACUGCGGUCGUUGAACCCUACAACUGCAUCCUCUGUACCCAUGCCACUCUAGAACAUUCGGAUUGCGCUUUCAUGGUCGACAACGAGGCAAUAUAUGAUGUGUGCAGGCGGAAUUUAGAUAUUGAACGACCCACCUAUACAAAUCUGAAUCGAUUGAUAGCUCAAAUGGUUAGCUCAAUCACCGCGUCUUUGCGUUUCGAUGGGGCACUCAAUGUCGACUUAACCGAGUUUCAAACCAACUUAGUUCCCUACCCUCGUAUUCACUUUCCUCUCGCUUCCUAUGCUCCUACCGUGUCUGCAGAAAAGGCCUACCAUGAACAGUUGACCGUGAUUGAAAUUACGAAUGCCUGCUUUGAACCAGCCAAUCAAAUGGUAAAGUGCGACCCACGCCAUGGAAAGUAUAUGGCCUGUUGCAUGCUCUAUCGAGGAGAUGUUGUUCCCAAGGAUGUAAACGCAGCAAUUGCAUCAAUCAAGUCCAAGAGAACUAUCCAGUUUGUCGAUUGGUGUCCCACUGGCUUCAAAGUUGGUAUUAACUACCAGCCUCCCACGGUGGUUCCAGGUGGUGACCUGGCAAAAGUUCAGCGAGCCGUCUGCAUGAUGAGUAACACGACAGCGAUUGCAGAGCCAUGGGCUCGUCUAGACCACAAAUUCGACCUAAUGUAUGCAAAAAGAGCCUUCGUUCAUUGGUACGUUGGUGAAGGCAUGGAAGAGGGCGAAUUUUCGGAGUCUAGAGAGGACAUGGCAGCUCUGGAGAAGGACUAUGAAGAGUUUAAAACCAAAAUCAAUGUCCCCCAAUUCGGGAAAAUCGAUUUUCCCCAAUCGCCUUUAAAAGCCUCUGAAUUGCGCCAAUCAAUACAUUUGUGCAUUGUACAUUUGGCUUACCGGAUGCGUGAGAUAAUCAGCAUUCACAUCGGUCAAGGUGGCGUGCAAAUGGGCAAUGCCUGCUGGGAGCUCUAUUGUCUGGAGCACGGUAUUCAGCCAGACGGUCAGAUGCCGUGCGAAAAGACCAUUGGUGGAGGUGAUGACUCAUUCCAGACCUUCUUUUGUGAAACUGGAGCUGGGAAACACGUGCCCCGCGCGGUUAUGGUUGAUCUUGAACCUACAGUAGUCGACGAGGUGAGAACGGGAACCUACCGUCAACUGUUUCAUCCGGAUCAAUUGGUUACUGGGAAGGAAGAUGCGGCAAAUAAUUAUGCAAGAGGUCACUAUACAGUGGGAAAAGAAAUGGUUGAUAUCAUUUUGGACCGAGUGAGGAAAAUGUCCGACUGCUGUACCGGAAUGCAGGGCUUCCUCGUUUUCCACUCCUUUGGUGGAGGUUCAGGUUCUGGAUUUACAUCUCUCCUGAUGGAACGACUCUCCGUUGACUAUGGAAAGAAGUCUAAACUCGAAUUUGCCAUCUAUCCAGCACCACAGAUCGCUACAGCCGUUGUAGAGCCUUACAACGCUAUUCUCUGCACGCACACAACCCUUGAACAUUCGGACUGUUGCUUUAUGGUUGACAACGAGGCUAUUUAUGAUAUCUGCAGGCAAGCUAAUUAUGAUAAUGCUCAUUUUAGACGAAAUUUAGACAUUGAAAGACCAACAUACACCAAUCUGAACCGCCUCAUAGCGCAAAUUGUCAGUUCCAUAACAGCCUCUCUGCGAUUUGACGGCGCUUUAAAUGUAGAUUUGACAGAAUUCCAGACUAAUCUAGUCCCUUACCCACGAAUCCACUUUCCCUUAGCCACCUACGCCCCCACAGUCUCGGCUGAGAAGGCAUAUCAUGAACAGCUCAGUGUUCCAGAACUCACCAACGCUUGUUUCGAACCCGCUAACCAAUUGGUGAAGUGCGACCCACGCCAUGGCAAAUACAUGGCUUGUUGCAUGCUCUAUCGUGGAGAUGUGAUUCCCAAAGAUGUGAACGCCUCGAUAGCUUGCAUAAAGACCAAGAGGACUAUCCAAUUCGUUGACUGGUGUCCUACCGGUUUCAAGGUUGGUAUUAAUUACCAACCGCCCACUGUGGUUCCAGGGGGUGAUCUGGCAAAGGUUCAACGAGCGCUUUGCAUGAUCUCCAACACUACAGCAAUUGCGGAGGCCUGGGCCCGCCUGGAUCACAAAUUCGACCUAAUGUAUGCCAAGAGAGCCUUCAUUCACUGGUACGUUGGUGAAGGCAUGGAGGAGGGUGAAUUUUGCGAGGCUAGAGAAGACACAGCUGCCCUUGAAAAGGACUAUGAUGAAGUGGGACAGGAAACGAUGGAAGGCGAAGGUGAGGGUGAGGAGGACGAGUACUAA